UUAUUUGGCAACUUAUUAGAUUAUUUUCAGUAAAAUGAAAGCCGUUGUGUUUAUCGCUGUUGCCAGUAUAAUAGUAAACACAGUGAAAGCAGUGGAGCCGAAACAACUGAAUCUAGCCCUUGAAACAGUCCUUCAAUUCGACAAGAAAGACCGAGCAGCCGACCUAGCCGUCCUAGACAAGGUGCAAGAUUUCCUAGAUCAAAUUAAAAAUGCAAUGCGAACCAGUGGUAGGAGAAGUAGCGGUAACGAUAUAACAUUCACAGAUUUCUUUCUAGAAGCCGCUAAGAUUCUAAGAAGUCUCGAAGACAAUGAUCUCGAAGAAGCAUACAUUACUAUCAAUGACGAAUCGAGAAGAUAUAUUAAUACAGAGAAUGAGUUAAGAGAGCUAUUCGAUGAUAAUGAUAUGAGGAGGUACGUUUCUGAGAAAUUGGAUGAUAACAAAGAGAUGGCAGCUGAUGAUUUGCGUAGGUAUAUAGAUGAAGUAGUUGCCCUCAUAGAAAACAAACGAGAGACUGGAGAAAAUAUUGACUUACUUGAAAUUGGGAAUACUUUGUAUGAUGGUGCUAGUGUUAAACUAAGGAGAGCACUUAGUGAUUUAGAGAAAAUGAGAAGAGGCAAUGAAUAUCAUGUAGGGAGCUUGUUAAAAAGUGCACUUAGGUCGCUUGCAUUGUUGCACUAUAUAUCGCUCGGUGAUGAAGUAAAAACUCAAUUAGCAAAUAUGCCAAAACAAAAUUCGUUUUCCUCAUUUAUUUCUCCGACGGGGGCUAAAUACAAACCGCAAUCAAAACAAAAUUCGUUUUCCUCAAUGCUUUUUCCGUCCGGGGCUAAAAAUAAACCACACGUUGGUCACAAGCAACGACAUGACAGAUGGCAUUAUUCAAAUAAAGGUAAACAGAAGAAGAAUCUCCUAACCAGUAAACAUGAGUCAACUGAAUCAGCGUUAGAGUCUACUGAAUCAGAAGAAAAGGCUUUAAUGGGUGGGCAAGACACUCGGGACCUUGGUUUUAGGGCUGAAAUAACUUCUAAGGAGUUUUCUAGAGAUAGAGAAGAAGACGAAACGAGUACAGAGGAGAUACUAAUACAGCACAGCAAUGUUAUCGAUGUUGGGUUGUCUCGGAAGACACCGGGACGAUUAAACAUAACUUUUGUUUCGUCAGAAAAUUCCAGAAUCAGCGAUGAAAGCAGAGCUAUAAGAAAAAGUAACGUAAACGAUACGUUUGUAGUGGACACUAAUAAAGAAACAGAUGACUUAGAAAAAAUGAUUAAACAUAUAGAAGAACAAAUAGAAGAAGUAAAAGACCAAGUGGAAUACGUUAAAAAUCUAGCUCAGUCAAAACGCAUAGAAAAUGCAGGUAACAGAACUGAAAAUGUUACCAAAUCCAACAGAUCCUUCUCAUUUAGAGCUGAAGAUGGUGCAGAUUCAUCUAAUUCUUCUGAAACAGAAACUAACCAUAAUAAAACAAAUGAAAAUGUUACUGAAAGUAUAUCUACAAAUGCCUCUGACACAACAAUCGCUAACGUUGAAAAGGAAAUAGCAAAUGAAGAGAAUACAUUAGAAAAUUCGAAAAAUAAUACAGUUGACAUCGACAAAUCAAAGAAAGGAGAAUCGGUUGAAGUCAAUGAUACCCAUAAUGUCAACGAAGAUAAUCAUAGACAAGACGAGACUUCUAUGUCGCCAAAUGAAAAAGAUAAGGCUGAGGACCCUGAAAAUAAAACAGUGGUAGAAGUAAGCAAUAACUCUACUGCCGCAAACUUUGUGGAGGCAGGCAUUAGUGCGGAGAAUAGACAUGAUAUAACCGAAUAA